AUGGGCCCAAGCAAGUGGGGCCUCGCGGUGGCCUCGAUCGGCGCCGUGCUGAGCGCUCUCGUUGACGCGCUGACGUCGACCGUGCGCUUCCAGCCCCUGCCUCCCGGGUCAUUUCUCUCGACGCUCGAAGACACGCCACUCCACAUCUCGAGCCUUGCGCUCGCCGGUGUCGCCAAUGAUACGAUCUUGCACAUGCUCGUGGCCUGCGCCCACGGAACAGUCCGCAGCACCGACGCCAGCGCCUGGGUUCGCGCCUGGACCAUGUGCGAUAGGCCCGCGUCGUUUGUCAUCGAGACCACGCUCGUCGACGCCAACCAGAUUUUAGGCAGCCUCGUCUACACGCCUGAUGCCCACUACAACUUUGACUGGUCGUCGCCGGACCUCUCGUCGCCGUGCGUGCAUCGCGAUCAGUCGCCCGAGACACUGUACUUCAUUGCAAUCGAGGCCGCGCUGCUAGCACCCUCCACCACCGACGCGCUGCUUGCGACUUGCGCUGAACCUCUCUCGACAUCGACGGUGCGCCGCCUGGCUUUUCUCUUUCCAUCCAAUCACGUGGCCGUCCCCGUGUCGAUAUUGGCCGUCAACAAUCCUCCGAGCCUUGAGUUGCCAACGGGUGUCGACGUGGCACCGGCGUCGUGCACGUUUGCAGCUAUCGUGGCGACAGACAUGGAUGUCGACGAAGUCGCCAACGGCGCUGGCAUGCUCACGCUCUCCAUGAGUGCACCGGCGUUAAGCGCGCAAUACCUUGCCUUUGCCUCGUCGAGUUUGGUGCGACACCAGCUCCAGGUACUCUCGACAGCACACUUGUCGCGCAACAGUGUCAACAGCACCGUCUCGGCCAUUGUCGUCGAGGGACCGCUGAGUGGCCUCAACGCCUGGCUUCAAGGCCUCUCGGUGUGCGCAUUGCCCGAAGCGACUUCGACGUCGUGGACGCUAAGCAUCGCUGACAAUGGCAACUGCGGCAGCUCGAGUAGUGCGACGGCAACGUACGCCAUGGCAGUGUCGAUCACGCCGACAAUACUUCUCGCACCGGCACUGACUGUCACGACCCCGACAACGACGCUGGUCAUGACCGAUCCGACGGUUGCCGUACCCCUCGGGCUGCAAGGGACUGCCGGGCACGUUGCACGCACGUCCAUCACCCUUGCUUCGCAAUUCGGAUACAUUGGCGUGCCCACCUUGCCGUCCGACGUUGAGAUCGGUAGCGACCGGUACAUCACCGACGUCUCGCUCCGCUCCACCGGCAUCAUUGCCCAGGAGCGCAUCACCGUGUCUUCAACCUUUACCAAAGAAGUGCAGAUGCUUCGAACGACCGCGGACGUCGGAAGCACGAUCGUCGAAGCCGUCGUCGUCGUUAGUUUAACGUAUCUGGGCACGACGGCGUCUGCUGUCGUCGACCUCACCGACGAGUUUGGCUCGGCGACGGCAGUAGCCACCGCACUUCAAUCCGGGUUGACCAACGCCGGCGACAUUACCGUGUCGCGGAGCCCGCCCGAUGCCCAAGGUGGGUGCACGUGGAGCAUCACGUUUGCGUCCUUGUCGGGAUCGACGAUUCCGCUGCUGCAGGCCACGGUGCAGAGCUUUCCAGCGCCGUGGUCGGGCGUCGGCAGCCCCGUGACAAUUGCCCGCACCGUCGCCGGGUCGUUGGUUCCCCCCGUGGUCGCGGUCGCCAUUCCCGAUGCGACGGUGCAGAGCGGUACGUUUGUGCUUUCCGUCGCCGUCGACGCGGCGUGCAACGGCGCCACGUCCGCGUCGUUCACGACCAAUCCGUUGCCGUACAACGCACUGGCGACCGACGUGCAGGUGGCGCUCACCCAAGGCUUUGUCGACACCGUCGUCGUCACCAAAAUCGAGCCGUUUACAUGGCGCAUAACGUUUGUCGCCAACACCUAUGUCGACUGCUUGGCAGGCGUCGUCGUCGUGCCGCAGUUUCUUGCUGGAACCGGCGCAAACUUGUGUAGUAUGUGCCAGAACGGAAUUCCGUCCAUGACGGUGCAGACGCUUGCCGUCGGUAGCAAGGCCGUCUUGCCGACAGACAAUUGGCACUGGACGGCUCUGCUGGACCCGCCGCGCAGCGUGUCAUUGCCUUUGCUCACGAGCCCGUACGCUCUCAAGCAAGCGCUCCAUACGAUUGGCGCGACAGCCGAUCUUUCGACGAGCGAUUGCUUGACACCGACGCUUCAAUGCACGUGGACGAUCAGCUACAGUGGACCACCACUCCAGGUAUCCCUUGGCCCAACGACAGGUGCGCUGCAACUUCAGCAUCGCGUUCUGAGCCAAGGUGCGCUGUCGAUCUGCAUUGCGCCGCUGACCUAA